AUGGAUAAAAAAUUUCCCUAUGUUGAGAAUGUGUCUGGAACUGCUGAAUGUUGCCGAGUCCUAUUUUUGCCCGAAAUUCAUGAUGAGGCCGCAAUGCGAAAUGAAAAGAACAGCAUUCUUCACUUGCCAGAAAUGAGCAAUGAGGCAGGCAACGUUGUGCAUGAGGAUGAAGAAACAAUCUGUGGACUUAAUGACUUGGAACAGGAUAUUAAAUCAGUUUUCACUGCAAAUGAAUGGCCAAUCAGUAUGACCAACAGUCAGUCCACUCCAGAGGUUCAUCAAUUGACACGCGAUCCAAGACGAAUAUGUUCUUAUAUGACGUCGGAGGAUGCUAUACCCAACUAUAGACCCAGCCAUAGCGUCGAAUCUACUGUAAAAAAUCACACUUGCCCAGAAGAAGAUAUCCUAACACAAUCGGUUGCAUGUAGUAGCGAAAUCCAGAUGCUUGAGGCGAAUAUGGAAGAGAAAUUGGCGAGUAAGAUAGAUGGCCGAAUGGACGAGGUAGAUCAAAAUCGUGUAGAAAGUUUGGAGGCUGGCGUUUCGGGAGAUGCUGAUGCAGAUCGCCAGCACUGGGGAAAAAAGGCAGACUUCUUGUUGUCUGUGAUCGGGUUUGCUGUGGAUCUGGCCAAUGUUUGGCGAUUUCCUUAUCUAUGCUACAAAAAUGGGGGAGGUAAGUGCUCCAGCCCGGAAAUCUUGUCAGUCUGUGAUAACAUAUAUAUAUAUAUAUAUAUAUGUUUAUAUAUAUAUAAUUGUAACUUAAUUUUCAUAAUAGUUAGAAAUAGAUUAAAAGGCAAAAAUUCUAAUUUAGUCCUUCUAAUGAAUGGUAUAUAA